UCUUUGAAGGGAAACGUCAUACGUGCGAGUCUUCGAAAAGGCGCACUUAUCCCCAGCUAUUUAGGUACUGCCCGUCUUCUCCAUCCUCCACAUUCUCUCUCUCUCUCCACAUUGGGAAUAACUGGCACACCCAAAGAAUGUCGGAGAAGAUAUCAACUGUAAUCCUCAAAGUAGACCUUCAAUGCCCAAUCUGCUCCAAGAAAAUUAGGAAGGUACUUGGCAGGCUCCAAGAUCAAGAAGACAUUCAAUCUGUGGUGUACAAUGAAAAAGAGAACAAAGUGAUCUUGUUGGGGCCAUUCGAUCCCAAGAAGCUUUCCAAGAAGCUCUGUUGCAAAGCUUGCAAGGUCAUCAAGGAUAUCGAGAUCAAGCAGAACAAACCAGUGCCCCCGCCACCACCACCACCCCGAACGCCACCAGAACAGGAACCUGAACCUGAGCAUGCACCAACUCCUCCUCCGCCUGUACACGAUCCUGAAACGGUGCCUGAGAAGCUGGCGCCUGAUCCUCCAUAUCCGUGUCCGUACCCAUAUCCGUAUCCGUACCCGUACCCGUAUCCUACGGUUUGGCCGUUCAUUCCUGUGUGUGGAUGCCAUGGCCGGUGCAACUGUAUGUCUGCUGAAGAACCUCCGCCGGCGCCACCAGUACCGCCGGUGGUGCCAACAUGUACCAUGCCGUGCUAUGAUGGGUGCAGAACGUGCAAGUUCAUAUGCGAGGACGAAACUUCGUUCUGCUCGAUCAUCUGAUCUACUCCGGCUUGAUUUUAUUUUUCAAUGUCGUACUAAAACAAAUGGUACAGUAAAGUCGAGGAAAGUAGGAGGCGCUGCAGAGC